CGUUUUGCUCUCAGCGCAAGCCUAGUCUGUCCAUGGCCAUGCCCCCAUGAGCUGCUCUCUCUCUAUCUCCCGUCUCGUCACCUCGGUCCAAUCCACGGCCAGCUCUGGCUCCUCUUCCCCUUUUAAAUACUCAAACAGCACGCUCGGUGCCAAGCACUCAAGCCUAUUUCUCCUUGGUCCUCAGCUCACCACCACACACGCCACAGGCAAGGCAAGAGCUUCAGAAUGGCGAGCACCGCGCUGAGCAUGAAGCUCCUCAUCGACACCAAGGCCCAGCGCGUGCUGUUCGCGGAGGCGAGCAAGGACGUGGUGGACUUCCUCUUCUCCCUACUCUCGCUGCCCGUCGGCACCGCCGUCAAGCUGCUGGGGAAGGAAGCCAUGGUCGGCUGCGUCGGCAACCUCUACGGCAGCGUCGAGAAGCUUGACAGCACCUACGUCCAGCCCGACGCGGCCAAGGACGCCCUCCUCCACCCCGCCGUGCUCUCGCCCGCGGCUGGCACCAAGAUGUUCCGCUUGACGCAGCCGUCUUCUGGGCAGUCCAAGGGAUUCUUCAAAUGCAGCUACAGCGGCUGCACCAGCUACGUGACCGACACCAGCGGCACCAUGUGCCAGUGCGGUCGCGGUUGCUCGAUGACCACGGCCAUGCACUUCAUCCCAGGCAAUGGCAAGGUGGCCGCCAGCGUCGGCACCAAGGGGUUCGUGCAGGGCAUCGUGACGUACACGGUGAUGGACGAUCUCGCCGUGACGCCCAUGUCCUCCAUCUCCAGCAUCACCCUGCUCAACACAUUCGCCGUCAAGGAUCUCAGCGCGCUCCAGGAGAAGACCGUGCAGCUCGGCUACGACGAGGGCCUGGAGAUCCUCAAGGCGUCGCUGCAGUCCAAGACCGUCCUCACCGACGUCUUCCUCAAGGCCCCCAGCAGCGCUUGAAGGCACAUCAGUCAUCAGAUCGGCAUGGAUGGAAAAGUGGCUCGAUGCCACGAUUCACGUAGGGUUAAGUUGGUUGGUUGGUCCUUUUGUAUGGACAUGUGCAAGGGCUAGUAGCUCCAUCCAUGUAGCUAAAUUAGCUUGGUGUUUUGUGUGAGCAUCAGAACUAUCUUACCGUGGCAUCUUUUGGUAAUGCCUAGCAUCAGGCCACAUGCUCGUAUCAGGGUGUACUAGUACGUUGUGUCGGUGCUUGAUGUAUGCGUUUGCAUCGUACUUAGUAUCAUCUUAUAUUGGUUUUCAAAAUCUUUUCCUAAUAAUAAAGCACGGAUUGACUUCGUG